CGGCCAUGAUGGAUCAGUAAGAAAUUGUAUAUAAAUAUCAGGCCGAAGAAAUGUCUGUUACUCCUCCAUAAACAGCCAAAGGUAGCAGUCAUUUCCUCUUUUAUCAGGUGAUUCACCAAGUGUAACAAAGGUAACAAGAUGAAGGUUGCAAUCCUCCUGCUGGUCUGUGUGUCCUCCGUACUGUCAACGUAUGCUCCAAUCCAAACAUCCGUCGGGUAUUCCGCACCCGUUUAUGGCGGGCAUAUGCAGGGUAAUACCGCUAUGUACGCGCAGGCACCAACAUAUGCCUUUAACCAAGGUGCCACAUCUGUCGGCAGCGGAAUGCCAGGCUUCGUUGCUCAAAUAAGCGGACAAGGGGCAUCUUCCAGCGGUAGAUACAACGGUGGAUACAGCUAUGGAAACGCAUACAAUGCAGGACCCGUAUCGUAUUCUGCAAUGCCAGCAACAUCAUACACCAGUGGAAUCAACGCUGGAAGCGUAUAUUCUGCAAUGCCAACAACAUCAUACACCAAUGGAUUCAACGCUGGAGGCGUAACAUCAUACACCAAUGGAUUCAACGCUGGAGGCGUAACAUCAUACACCAAUGGAUUCAACGCUGGAGGCGUAUACCCUGGAGUACAGGCAUCGUAUUCUUCUGUAAUGCCAACAUAUUCUUCUGUAAUGCCAACAUAUUCUGCAAUGCCAACAGUAUAUAACGUGGGGAACACAUACCCUACAAUGCCAACUUACUCUUCUGUUCCAUCUAUGGGAUAUAGCAUGGGAGGUUCAUACUCUUCUGCUCCAUCUAUGUACGCCGGUGGAAAUGCCGUUAUGGGCGGCGGCGCCUCUAUAGGAGGAUUCGGACAGGCGGUUGGUCCUUUGGAACUCGUCGGAGCAGGUGCUGGAGGAGGUAUUGCAAAUGCAGGAUACCAGGCUAUGAAUAUUGGAGGACUGUCAUCAGGAGGAUCCUUCGCCUCGCCGUUUCCACAGUAUUCCACUGGAGCGGCUUUUGGCACCGGAAUGAUGAACUCCGGAUUUUUUAACAACGGCGGUGCAUAUUAAACAAACAUUCAGCGGAAAACAAAAUCAUUUGAUGACAAAAGAAGAUCGUGUUAUUGAGUUUUAUGACGCCCGAAGUUGAAUAAAACGCAUCAGAGUAGA